AUGGCUCUGCUGGCACAGCCGGGACCCAUGGCCGUGGUGGAGGCUCUGGGCGAGGCUGCAAUUUUAGGAGCUGUGGCCAGAGGUUCCUGGGGCUCCUGGAGCAGAACCUCCCCACCUCGAAGCAUCCUUGGUGGUGGCGGGGAGGAAGUUGCGCUGCUGCGGCCAGAAGAGGGACAGGGUGAGGAAACUGAGGCACGCAUCCUGCAGGACUGCUGGCGGCAGAGCUGGAGCUCCUGGGUCCAGGCCCUGCCGAGGAAAGUGCUGAGUAAGCUGAACUUCUCCAUUCCGGGUGACAUGAUCCGGCAGGUCGUGCAGUGCCGGCCGGGCACGGUGGAGCAGGUGCUGCUCGUGCUGCAGCAAAAGAUCGAGGAGAAGCAGCAACAGAGCAAGGCGGUGUCUAGCCCAGGCCAGGAGCUGGGCGUACGGGCAGCGCUAGAAGAUAUCAGCUACCUGGAGACGGGCUACUCAAAGGCAAAGAGCAGCAUGGGAGGAGGCUAUGCCCAGGAUUCUCCCAGAGCUGCUGGGGUGAAGAAGAGCUGCCAUGGCUGUGCCCAGGCUCCCCUGGGGGAUUCCGCCAUCCGCCUGCAGCUGGCAGAGAGGGAGCAGGCCCUGCUCCUGGCGCAGGAAACCAUCCAGAUCCUGCAGCUGAAGGUGGGGAGGCUGGAGCAGCUGCUGCACCUCAAGAAUGUGCGGAUAGACGACCUCAGCCGGCGUCUGCAGGAAGCCCAGUGCCAACAGCGGUGA